AAGGUGAAGGUGACUGGAACCGGCUUGACUCGUGGCUGUCUGCGUCCGUUUCUUCUCAAUAAAGUUUUCCUUCAUAAGGAAAAGGGUAGGCGGGGGGUCUCGGCAAGAUGGCGGCGCCCGUGUCGCCCUUGGUUACUGGGCGCUGCUUUCUAAGGGCUGCCGCUCGACACGCUGCUCUCCUGCUAACCGGGUGGGCUGAAGCCGGCGCCCCGCGGAAAGCUUACACAGUUCAGGCAGCUGAGAAAGCUGCCAGUGGGACUCGAGCAGAUGCUAAUUCCAAAGCCUUGUUAAUUUGCAAUGGACCUUUAGAACAUUAUGAGUUUCUGAUCAAAGCCGAGGAGUUGAGGAACGAUGAGCAACAACGAAAAGUUGUACAAUGCCUGCAGAAGCUACAUGAAAGCCUUAAAGGCUACAGUAUCAGUCCAAAGCACAUCUUAUCAAAGUUGUUUACCAGACAUAAACCCCCCAAAGGUCUUUAUGUCUAUGGAGAUGUUGGCACAGGAAAGACAAUGGUGAUGGACAUAUUUUAUUCUCAUAUAGAGGUAGAAAGAAAAAAGAGAGUCCAUUUUCAUGGCUUCAUGUUAGAUGUGCACAAAAGAAUACAUAGCCUUAAACAGAACCUGCCAAAACGGAAACCUGGAUUAAUGGCUAAAUCAUAUGACCCAAUAGCCCCAGUAGCUGCUGAAAUAAGUGAGGAGGCUUGUCUCUUGUGCUUUGAUGAAUUUCAGGUCACAGACAUUGCUGAUGCCAUGAUUCUCAAGCAGCUCUUUGAAAACCUGUUCCAAAAUGGUGUUGUUGUUGUAGCAACUUCCAACAGGCCACCAGAAGAUCUCUAUAAAAAUGGGCUCCAAAGAGUGAACUUCGUGCCAUUCAUUGCUGUUCUUAAGAAAUACUGCAGCACUAUCCAGCUGGAUUCCGGAAUAGACUAUAGGAAACAAGCGCUACCAGCAGCAGGAAAGCUAUAUUACCUCACAAGUGAAGCUGAUGUGGAGGCUGUCAUGGAUAAGUUGUUUGAUGAGCUGGCUCAAAAACAAAAUGAUUUAACUAGACCAAGGAUUUUAAAAGUACAAGGCAGAGAGCUGAGAGUGAAUAAAGCGUGUGGAACCAUUGCAGACUUCACAUUUGAAGAGCUGUGUGACAGACCGCUUGGAGCCAGUGAUUACUUGGAAGUAGCCAUGCAUUUUGACGUAGUCUUUGUUCGUCACAUACCUGAGUUUACAGUGGCAAAAAGGACCCAAGCUCGCCGCUUCAUUACUCUUGUUGAUACUUUUUAUGACAAGAAGGUGCGUAUUGUUUGCUCUGCAUCAGCGCCACUCCAAAACAUAUUUAUUCAAGAAUCCCAUGAUGGUGGAUUGGACGAAAGUAGGGUAAUGAUGGACGAUUUGGGGUUGAGCCAGAAUUCAGCUCAAGGACUUUCAAUGUUCACGGGAGAGGAGGAGAUUUUUGCCUUUCAGCGUACCAUCUCACGACUGACGGAAAUGCAGACUGAGCAGUACUGGGAGGAGGGCGACAGGAGCAACCAGCCACAGUUGUGAAAAGACUAACACAAAUAGUGUUUUAACAGGCACACUGCCCAAUUUUGCACCUCAUUUCCUAAACAUUUACCUUUGUUAUACGUUAACAAGGGACAGGUUACAUGCUGGAAUGCUGGUGGGAACAGCUUUAUGCCUGUGUGUGGAAGUCUUUUCUGCAGCCUAACACAAAGUCUUUCCUGACCAAGAAUCCAAAUCCAGUUUUAAUCUACAAAUUAUGUUGAAAGGAGGGGGCACAUACAGUUAUGGUCUGCAUUUUAUAUCAUACUUGAGCAAAUGGUAGGCUCAAACCAGGCAAAUUAAAUACAUAUUCCUGCACCCGCCUAUAUCCAGCGUUUUGGUUACAGAUAACUGCAUCUCCAGUACCCUUGAAAUUUUUUUAAGGAAAAAUUAUUCUGGGCAGCAACUGAAAAAAUUCAGUUUCUCUUUUUACGAAGUACAAAAUCACAUGUUUGCUUUUUGUUAGCUCUGCGAUUCUAAAUAUGUUUCCUAUUUCUGCUUGUCUACUGCCGCGGUAGACCUAUUUAUUGUUAUUCCAUUGUCUAUAUGUGUGGCCCCCUAUCUCAAAUUCUUCUGAUCGGGAGGGUGCAAAGAGAUAAUAGAAGUGGAAUUACAGAACCAAGAGUAAAAAAUGUCAUUGUACUGAUAGUGAAAAUGGACUUAUAUUGAAAUUUGACUAAGUUGCCCUACUUCCCUCCUGAUGCUGAGGAUCUUUUCAAGCAGCUAUGCAAAAGACAGUAAGUGCAAAUCUACACACACAUACCCGCCACCACAAUCCAGUGAUCCUUCUACACCAGAUAAUCACCAUUGCCACAUGUAACAUUGGUGGAUCAUGCUCUUUCACUGAACAGCACAGGAGAAAGCAAUGCAAAUACAGAAACAUCUCUUGGCAGUUCAACCGCCCAUCAGUCAUGAUAUUGCUUUACUAAUAAGACCACCCACAUUGUUCAUUUAGCGCAGGUACCAGUCAAUGAAUGGUGAUGGCAGCAUAACUCUGUGAUACCCAAUGUACACCACAAACAAUGCACAGUCUGGUAUCCUCAAAGGCACACUUCCCAUUUGCAGACCACCAUGGUACAGUAAGCAGGAGGCCAACACUGAUAGUUAUGGCUAUUUACUCCAGGGCUUGUUAAUGACAAUGUCUUGCAGCGGACAAAUGCAGGCAACCAGCCACCAUUUUGUGAGUUAAAUAGGGCCAUGCGUAGAAAGAGAAACCAACAUUCCUUCCUUAAUAAUUGCCCAUGGGAUACUUGAGAAAUCAAAUUCAAAUACUUCCAGACAGGCAAUACAAACAGUAUAACCACUUUUGUUUGAAGGACACAAGCUGUUUUCAAGGUAGAAAGCUGUAUGACAAGGGAAAGGAGAAAAGGGAUUAUGUUGUGAGUGCUCUGCUAGCAAGAAUGACAUAUGCCACAAAAAGCGGCCUGGAGGGGGGCGGGGAAUUGAACUAGAAGUCAUCCUUCCCACCCCACAGACCUGUUCUCUAUCCUCACAGCCACAGGAACAGAAAGUCGUAUGAUGAGGUCUUUGUCAUCUUCCAGAGGCAAAGGUCACAAUAUAACUCCAACCAUAUUGGCCAAGAUUGACGACAUUUUAUAUGGACCCAUAAACACACAUUGUGUAGGUCCUGAUCCUAAAGGCAUCUGAGCUUAGUCACAAUACUUUUACUAAACUUCAUAGGUGGAAGAUAGUUCUGAUAGCUUUAUGAACACAAAGGACUGUGCAUUUGAUGGUGAGAAAUAAGUACAUUUCCCCCCAUCGUUGCCCCUCCAUGCUGGGUACAGCUGUAUCUGCUGUAGCAAUUGUCUGCCAUGCAUGCUUAAGACAAAGUUACCAAUUCCACAUUGUGGUAGCUUGAUUCCCACGGAUCACUGCUGGAUUUGUUGUAGGCUGCCUCUUAGGCAAUGGAGAAUAACCUUGCUUCUUCACCUCUUGGAAGGUUUCCUGUAGAGAGCCAAGUGGGAUGCAGGGAUAGUAAUGAGUAAUGGUUAGGAACUUCAUCAGUAUCUGGAGGCAACCAAACCAAACUGGAAUGUUUAUUUUACUUCUUGAAAAUUGUAUACCACAAAUACCUGCGAAAGCCCUUCCAAGAUGCCAAUGGACAACGUGUAAGAAAUAGUUGAAUGUGGAAGAUUAUUGCCGUUAUUGUAAAAUCCAUUUUACGUGUAUAAGCCUUGUGGUAUACAAAGUGUAAAUAAAAAUGUCGAUUAUA